AUGAACUGUAGAGCAUGGAAAGAUUGGGACUCCAACGAAUUGGAGCGAAGUGGUGCGAAGCAUACAAGCCUCUUCCACACUGCGAUUCUCAUCGCAGAGGCCGACGAUUUGCCACAGAUUGAGACGAACUCGAUGAAUCAGGUCGUCAUCGGUGAGAACAAAGGCGUAGGAGGAGCUGAGUGGAAGGAGACUCUUGGCGAGAUUUGCAAUAGCGAGUCGGACGCGGAAGACCAGUUUUGUGAGUGGUAUGGGUCGUGGAGUGGUAAGACAAUAGUCGGAAACGAGGACGAGACCACUGACAAGCGUGUAAUACGCGUUGAAGAAAAUCAAGUGAUGGUGAUGAGACCAGAGGUUGAUAGACCCUGGGUUUGUUUGAGCUUCCAUGCAGCAACGCCGAAGGCAGUCGAAGCAGAGGAGAUUGACUUGUUUGUGGCGCGCAAACCAAUCCUGGGGUCCAUGAUGGGGCAGAUUGAUGAUGUGGCGAAAUGGCGAAGCGCAAUGGUUAAGGGUAAGGGACCGAACUCUUUCUUCGUGAUGAGUCCUGAAACCUGGCUUCAAAAUGCCUUCGCCCUCCUUUGCGCCCUCGUUGAUCUUGUCGUUGUAUGCGUUGGGGUCUCGUAA